UCCUUGCUGACACAGGUGAGCUAUGACUUUGCGGUUUGCUAUUUAUGCUGUCGGGUAUGUGACGUCAUCAGUGGAAUUCCCUCAAAACAAAGAAGAUGCGCCUGUUUCGUCUCUAUUUUGGCUGACUUCACGAUAGAAGAUGCCGGAGCAAAAACCUAGCCCCUCUCCUGAAAGAGCCAUUUAUGGUUUUGUGUUGUAUCUAGGGUCAUUUCUAGCACUAGGGUUUUAUUUAGUGUGGGCCUAUGUGCCGGAUCCUUGGCUGGAAUCUAUAGGACUCACAUACUUACCACAAAAAUAUUGGGCCAUAGCAGGGCCAGUGUUCUUGUGUGGGAUGGUUGCCAUGGUAUUGUGUUUGUAUAUUGGUUACAGCUUCCUCAUCACAGCUCCUCUUGACUCAAUUCACACUAUCAGAGACAAGCAUUCUCGCCCAGUGAUCACCUCAGGUCUUCCAGAUGGAGCAAUAAAACCAAUAGGAGACAUAGAUAUAUCAGAAGUGAAUAGACAGCUGUAUGGGGACAGGUGAUACAGGAGUUCAGCCAGUGCCAGGAGCUGCAAUGAUCAGCUGAUCAAUUCAAUGAUGUUGGUGACAUGAUCUGUAACUACUGGGAGAUAAUGUCACUAAAAAAUCAGAGGCUAGCAUGAAGCCAAAUCUGCAGUUCUGUGUCAGUCAUUUGACCUGCCAGUGGCACCCCCUCUUGACAGAGAAUGUGUUCAAAAUGCACUGCCAGCUGACCUAAGGCAACCAUGAAGCCACACCUGCAGUUUUUGGAGAGACUAUCAUGUUAUCCAGAGAAAAGCCUAAUAUUAUACCAGUA